UUGAAAUUAAGCUUAUUAAUUGCAGCUCAAUCUACACAUUGCAUAGAUAAUGACAUUUACUGCUACUCCUGGAUUGCAGAUGAUAGUACAAAAUGCAAUCAUAUCAGUGAACUUCCAAAUUUAUAUUGCAAGAAAAGUUGCCAGUUAUGCGACACUACGCCAGUUCUUAAAGAAUAUGAUAUUAAAAAGACACCAGCAAGAUUAAAAAGCAUUGCAUUUUUGAUCGGGAAAUGGCGAUCUGAAUUUAAUGGUAAAGCAGUAUUUCCUACAAUACCCAAUUUUACAUACGGCGAGGAAAUCGAUUUCAAACUCAUUACUAAAGAUAAUCAGAUUUUAGAUGUUAUCAGUUACAAGGCAUUUGCGUGGGACAAUUCAAAAAUGAAAGAAUUGCACAGCGAAUAUGGUUUUUUAUCAGUUGUCAACAACAAUGGCAGUGAAGCAAUUUCUCUGAAUACAGUAAUGAGCAAUGGUUUUGCAACUAUCGAAGAAGGAAAUGAACGAGAGCUUUCGAUAGAAUUACGCAUGCAACGAAUUGCAAGAAUUACUUUCAGUCAUGAUCUUCCGGUUUUGCAAAUGUUGAGAAGUUGGACACUGUUAGCUCCAAGGCGUCUUGAAGCUCGUCUUUCAAUGAGUACUAAAAGUCAUCGGAAUAUUGAAGAACAUACCAGUAUUAUUUAUGACAAGAUUUACCCAUAA